AUGUUGUGCGUUCAAUCUGAGUCCGCUGUGUCAAACCCAUCCGAUUCCUGGUAUCAGCCCAGUCUGUUCAUUCUGCGCCUGCGAGCAAUGCAGCUACUACAAGGAUCAAUCACAAUAAAUACCAACAACGAUAAGUCAAUCACUUCACAUCUUCAACAUUUGAUUGUACAAUGUUCUGAUAACGUUGGUGACAUGAAAGUACCGUCGGUAAAGCUGGAAGUGGACGGUGAACCUAUUUUCCUAACAUUACGCGUCCUCCCAUACGGUCAACGGGAAGGUGUCCUGAAAGCGUUAAAGAAAAUGAAGCAGGAUGGUGUGUUAAACAAAGUUGAAUCCAGUGCCUCGAUUGUCGUGGCGAUGAAAAGUGAUGGUAGGACACCGCGGACUUGUGAAGACUAUCGACUAACAUUGAAUCCCCGAUUGCGGAGAUGUGCGGCUACCACCAUGGAACCAGAAGAUUUCAUGAAGUCAUUGCAUGGUUGCCAGCAUUUUUCCAAGAUCCAUUUGGCGGAUGGAUACUGCUACGUACGCAUUCGUCUAUCAGUUCCCAUCGAUCGUCCAAUCGCGUGCCACAGCUGGUCAUGA